AUGCUAUCGAUAGAGUGUUUCUAUCGAUACCUUAUGUCAGAUGACAACGCCCCCGUCUUCCUCGACCGGCUGGACAUAACACAAGACAUGGAUCAACCACUAUGUCAUUAUUAUAUCAACUCGUCCCACAACACCUACCUAACGGGCCGACAAUUUGGCGGCAAGUCAUCUGUGGAGAUCUAUCGCCAAGUUCUCCUUGCCGGCUGCCGUUGUAUUGAACUGGAUUGCUGGGACGGAAAAGGUGAGGAUCAGGAACCAAUCAUCACUCAUGGGAAAGCCAUGUGUACAGACAUUCUAUUCAAGGCAAGUCGUCUAUGUUCUGCUUCUUAUUGCUCUGGUAGUAUUUUCAUCUUAUAA